AUGAAUUUGACUUUGAAAGGAUCACAAAUCAGCCUUAACAAGUCCAAUAGUAACAGCGGCCGAUCGUCUGCAAGGACAUACAAUGCUAAUUAUCGAACUGGAAAUGUGACUCAAAACAAUGGGAAUCAUGAAGUUUCUUCAUACGACCCUGAAGUGUUGUCUAAUUCGUCAUUACCAUCAGUUAAACAGAAGCUGAAGCUCCUCAACAACCUGUUCAAUAAAGAUGACAAUGGCAUUCACAUUGAUUUAAAUGAGGCGAAUUCAACAAACCCGAUAAUAAUACCUCAGAAAAACGAUGGCAAUUCAUUUUCCAGUAACCAGAAUGAUAGCAGUGUUUCGGAUUGGCUUGAAACACAUUUCCUUUGCCAAAACAAUAGUAAUUUAAAAUGGGGUAAAAUAAAGGCUGACUGCGUAACACGUUCAGAAACCAGAAAUGCAGAUCUCAAAGCUGAACGAAAUGAUAACAUAACAGAUGACAGUUUAGACUUGGAAAUGGGUGCAGAUUUUUCCAAUGUAGCAAUGGAUUUGAAGAAAAUUACGGACGAAGACAGUGAUAUAUACUGCAUUGACAUCAAUGAAAAGACAGAUACUCCACCUCCAUGCUUAGUUAGGCCAUCUUCGAAUUCAAUCAACACAUCACGUCAGAUAAGUAGUCCUCAAGAUGAAACUGACCAAACAUCUGGAAGGAGGAGACAUUUAGCAGCUGAGGCUGCAAUGCGUCGACUGCUGGAGGAUCAGAAACGAAGAUUAAAUGAAGAGAAUCUAAACAGUAGAGGACAACCUAUCCAAUCAGUUUUGCAAAACCGUCAAAAUGAGUUAAAACAAAGAAGAAAGAAACAACAUCAAAAUGCAAUUAAAGUUUUGCAUGAAAAUCGAUCCAUAAAUGGCUUAAAGAGGCGAGAUAGUAUAAAAGACGAACAAAGUGUCAACACUAUGAUCAAAUCUGACACCUUAACGGAUAAGCAGGAGGAGUGCAAGGAUAUAAAUGAAUCAAAUAUUUUGAAAAAACCAACUUCUCCUAUAAAACUGAACCAAAACAAGUCUUGGAAUCCCAGUGAUAGUUUUUCUGAAAAUCCACAGCAAAAUAAAUGCACUACGGAUGAGUCAGCUUCCGUUGGAAAUUAUAGUGAUAAUUUGAUCGACAGUGCCAAACUACAGGUAGAAAAAACACAGAGACGAAAAUCAACUGUAGACGAUAUACUUCAUGAAUUGAAACAAUUAGAAAAGGUGGAUGAUUUAACUUAUCACUCAAUUUGUAGUCAAGACGUGCGUACUACUACUGAAAAACAAAUUCCUUUGAAGAAGUCUUCCACUCCAAAUACAUGGUCUGAAAUGGUGAAAGAUAUUAAUCGCGUCUUAUCUGAGGCUGAACAAGAUGAAUUGCAGUUGGAUUGUUCUAGAAAGUACUGUGAUUCUUCAAGGUCAGUAGUGGUAGAUGGUAUUAGAAGUCGUUCUGAUUCCAUUCUAUCUAAUCACUCUUCACUUCUUCAUUCAAACUCAUUGGGCCCACCAACAACAGUCACAAACAAUUACUCAUAUCUAACUAAAGAGAAUCUGCGUUCACAUACCAAGCAAAUGGAACAUGUUGAUUUUAGACAAAAGGCUCAAAAAGAACUGGAUCAAUCAAUUUCACAGUUGAAUCAAACACUAACAGAGGAACGAGCUUCCUUAGAAGCUAACCGACGUAGACUUAUGAGUGAAAUUUCCGAUGAGCGUGAAAGACUGGCACUAAUAGCAACUAAACAACGAGAAGAAAUGGAUACACUUAGACAUAACUUGGAAUCCGCUUUAGCAGAAGCCAAUGAACAGCAUAAAAUGGAAAUACAACAAUUGAGAGCAGAUUUAAGUCAGAGACAUAAGGAUGAAAUCACCGAGUUAAAUCAACGAAAUUUAGCUGAACGUGCAGCAUGGGAAGACCAUACAAAAGACUGUGCUAAGAGAAAAACUCAAGAAGACCGUGAUCGUUUGCUAGAAUCUGCAAUUCAUCGUCUUGAGGCUGAAGCAAAUGAAGCCAGGUUAGAAACUGAUCGUCAGACAGAACUAAAAAUCAAACGCGUACGUGAAAAAUUUCAAGCAGAAAUCGAGGAGCUUGAAAGUUCGUGUAUUAUACGAGAAACUAAACAAGAACGCCAAAAUAUUUCUGAUGUGAUACGUCAAGAAUUCGCAGAUCGCCUUGUUUUUGUGGAAGAAGAAAACAGAUCAGUGAAGCGUGAGCUGGCUGAAUGCAAAGCACGUAUCAAAGCUGAACAAGAAAGACACGAGAAAGAAAUAGAUGCCAUCAAGAAGUCAAACAACUCUGAAAUAGAAACUGUUCAUCAAAAAGUCAAAGAAGUGAUAAAGAAAAAAGAUGAAAAACUUGUAAUGCUACGUGAAAAUUUUCACAGUGAACUGGAAAAGAAAGAUCGUGAACUAGAAGCAGUCAACCAAAGAGCACAACAUCUAGAAGAGUUGAUCGACCAGCAACGAAAGCAAUUCUUGCAGUCAAAUCAUUGAGCUGCUUCCAUGCAGAAUAUGAAGAUAAAAUAUGCCUAUUUAUAUUUCAGGAAAGAGAAGCGAUCUUCCGAAAAGGGGUUCAGUUUGAAGCCCCUAGAAAGUCUUUUGUCAUUUUUUCCCAAGAAUUCUUACUGAUUAAAUUUUUUAAUGGAAUAUUCUUACUUCCUAGUAAUUGUUUAAUCACUGAUCUCAAUAAUAUUCCUUUAUGUUCGACUAAAACGGUC